GUCAGGGACGCAUUUGCAUCCUCGAACUCGGAAGUGAAGUCUCUCAACUUGUUUGUGAAGCCCUCGGCCGAGCUCGAGUCAAAUAUACAAUAUUUUGAACGAUGGCAGACGAAACCACACCUCGACCACCCACCAAAAAGGAGCCUGAAGUUUUGACAGACUCCAGCCUGCUUCUCCUAGCAAACGGUGUGGGCAGACAAGAUCUGAAGGGUGUUGAAUUGGCGAUGUAUUUGAACAUUCCUACAACAACAAUUGUCAGGUGCAUUGGUGAUGUCACAGAAUCUUCCCUCACUGCUGAAGGCUCUGAGAAUGACCGCAUGGCUGUUGCGGCAAAAUGUGUGCUUCUAUGGAAGGAAAUGACCAAAGACAAUAAAACGAGAGAGCGUGUAAAAAGCUUAGAAAAAGCACUCAGAGAAAUCGGAAAAGGUGAUGUUGCCGACACUUUUAUGGAGCGUCACAGCAAUAACCAGGAGCUGUCUAAUGAUAUCUUUGCUUAGAGCAAACUUUUGUUGCAGUGUUUCUCUUGUAUAUUUUUUUUUCUUUUGCAGACAAAGGGUAGGAUGAUUGCUUUAAUGUACAUGUGUUCAUGUGAAAAGGUUUCGAUGCCUUGUUCUUGGUAGUAUUUUACUAUCCUUCAUGUUAAGCAUGGUGUUGCCUUCAUUUCUCUUUAAGUACCAAAGUCUGAGAAGUAUGUUAUGAUAUUAACAAACUCAAUAGCAUUCGCAUUAAAUGUACAUGUUUUUAGUGUUUAAGGAAUCUCCAAAUUUUCACAAUAAAACAUCAAGCAAACCAAAAUGUAAUAUCAUGAAACUUCAGUACUUAUUUUUUAUAGAGUAUUUUAUCAGUGUGUUUUACCUUGCUACAUAAGCAUUAUUGAGCAUAUAAAAUCAUCUUCUAGUAUUUUUCUGUACAUAAUACAUUUGAGUAUGUUAAAAAUAUUUAUAAUAAAAUUUUGAGAUAAUGUACUGCG